AUGGUCAGUUUCGACGUCGAUUCGCUCUUCACCAAUGUACCCAUUAAAGAUAGUAUAGAUGUCAUAAAGGUGAUUCUGAAUAAAAAUAACAUCCCGAUGGAAUAUGCCAAGUUACUUGAACACUGCUUGGUUACGAGUUACUUUCUGUACAAUGGUCAGUAUUAUAAACAUAUUGAUGGCGUGGCUAUGGGAAGCCCUGUUGCCCCCGUAGUUGCUAACAUCUGGAUGGAACAUUUUGAAAACAUUGCCAUCACAGCCACACCAUCACCAGUUAAACUGUGGAAAAGAUACGUAGAUGACGUUUUUUGUAUUAUGAGGGGUAACCAGGCAGACAUCGAGUGUUACUUGUCAUAUCUCAACAGCAUCCACGACAAAAUAAAGUUCACCUGUGAGGUAGAAAAAGAGAGGAAACUACCUUUUUUGGACGUUUUAGUUAAGGUUCGACCGGAUGGAUCACUCGGCCACUCUGUGUACCGGAAGCCAACUCACACUGACAGGUACCUUCACGCGAGCUCACACCAUCAUCCACUACACCUGAACGCUGUAGUGACGUCACUAGUGAAUCGAGCCCAUGAUCUUUGUGACAAAGAUCACUUACCAGGUGAACUCGAACAUUUGUCGAACGUACUGCGGCGGAAUGGAUAUGAUGGAAAGCUGAAAGCACGACGACACAAACGGAACAGGCCGAUGGAGGUGGCGAGACAGCCUGCUUUUCUGCCGUACGUCAGAGGGGUAACUGACAAACUGUCGAAGGUUUUGAGCAAAUACGCAAUAAAAACUAUUUUUACCCCUGACAGUAAGAUAGCACAAAAACUGCGAUCGCCCAAAGACCGUAUUCCGUUUGAAACACCCGGUGUCUACAAAAUCAACUGCAGCUGCGGCAGCUCGUAUAUAGGACAAACCAAGCGCACCAUCACCAGUCGCAUAAAGGAACAUAUACGAGCUGUUAAAAACAACGAUCCUCAGAAGUCGGCUAUAGCUGAACACCUUUUGGACCCCUCCACCAAUCACUGGAUUGAACUUCAUAGUCCCCAGGUACUAUCGACAGAACGCCACUACAUACCAAGAUUGGUAAGAGAAGCGAUUGAAAUUGCUAAAUGCAAAAACUUCAAUCGCGAAGAUGGGUUUAAAUUGUCGAGUGCCUGGAAUCCAGUGAUUCAGUAUUACAACAAGACUGGACAGCAACCGACUUCGAGUACGCGCACAAAUGUGGACACAGUUCGCGGCCUCGACCUGCUCGCGACAGGCACUUCACGAGCGUACUACUCGCGACGGGUGCUCCACAAGCGCCGUUGCUCGCGACAGGCGCUCCACAAGCGCCACUGCUAA